AUGGCAGCCGCACCAGGCUUGCCAGUCGACUCGGCGCCUGUGGACGCCGUCUACGACGCACCAACUUUGACUGAACAGCAGCUGCAGCAGCAGCAGACGGCACUGAUACCUGAGGCCGGUGAGUUGCUGAGCCGCGUGGCUACCGAGGUCAGCCAGGCUUUUCAGACGUCUCUUGUCCAGGUCAUGUCGGACAUUGGCCGCGAAUAUGGGGUCGAGUCCAGCCGUGUCAAGUUUGCAAGGAUGGAGAAAGGCGAUGCCGCUGUUGCAUCAGGUGACGAGCAGCUGCUCGGGAAGUCAGGGCGCGACGACGUCCACCGCCUCUCGCACGAGCUCGAGCUCCUGCGCCUUCAAGUGCGACAACUGCAGCAAGUUGUGGACGAACAGCACGACGAGCAGCGACUUUCGCAGCACAAAGUGGCGCUUUUGAGCACGCUCGCGAGGAAACUCAAGCGCGAUCUUGUGGACGAGCGGCUGGCGCUUGUCGACGCCAAGAACGAGAUCAAGGAACAGCGACAGCGACGCAGUAGGGACGACGUCGGGUCAAGCGCUGGAGGACGUGCGCGAUCUCCUCACUCUCCUUCCGUCCAGGAGCCAACUGAGAACCCGUGGACGUCACCAAACGAGGUUAUUGCUGGCCCUAGUAGUGCCGUCAGCGGUUCAGGUGCGACGGCUGGUGCUGCAGGAGGGUCGAGUCUCCUGACUUUCGACUUUUAUCCAUCGGCGUCGUCUAGAGGUGGAAAUGACCUUGAGAGUGGUGAUGACGAGGAGGGUUCAUCACCUUCUUCCACCACACAGACACUUCGCCAUAGUUGUAUGGACCAGUUUUUGCCGUCAGCAUUGCUGGAUUCACCUCAAGUUACACCAAGACAUGUCAAGGCUUUUGUCGAUGUUCCACUUGACGAGGAGAAAGCACCAUUACCUUUUGCACAGGGUGCGGAUGACUUGCAGUCGCCAUUGCUUCCAGUACCAUUACCAUUAUCCGGUGAUUCGCUGACUACCAGUGCGACCGUUAAGCGUCAGAGUCUGAAAGAUGGUGAAGGAGACGGACGAAAUGAGACAAGCCACGGUGAUAGCGCCAGGGUGGCGACGCCGUCCACAGUAACACCCGUAACGCUGUCAAUGCUAUCGGAAGUUUUCGACGACGUUCCGGUCAAGGAAUUGGAGAUGAUCCUGCAGCGCUUUGACGAUCAGGAAUCAGCAGCAAUUGAUUACAUUUUGAGCACUCACCCAAGUUUGAAUCCAGUCAGUGGAGCUCAAGGAACUGGUGAGGGCGGCAGCAAUUUGGCAUCGAUGACGUCGCCUCCGCCGUCUCGAUCGUCUGUAGUUGGUCACAACAAGACGAUCACGCAUCGGAGCGGUAAUCAGAGCGGACCGAUUGAACCUCCACCAGGAUCUGUGAACAACUGGAAGACAGAGAUUUGCAUGUAUUACAUGCAAGGGAAAUGCAACAAGACGAGACGCACGUGUUCAUUUGCCCACGGUGAGAGUGACCUGGUGCGUCCCAGUGGUUUGAGCAGCAAUGCUGCUAAUAGCAAGCACGUGCCUGGCUACAAGACUCGGAUAUGUCAAGCUUACGAAAAUGGGACCUGUGCAAAAUCUCGUCGUGACUGCCCGAUGGCUCACGGAAUGAAUGAUCUUCGCGAUGGAGGCUCUGUAAGCGGCGGCGGUGGAGGCAGUCAGACGAUCGUGCCUCCUGCUACUCCUAGAUUGCAGAGCUACAAGACAGAGCUCUGCUACUACUUUCUGAAAGGCAACUGCAACUACUCGAAAGAGGAGUGUCGUUUUGCACACGGCCAGAGUGAUUUACGAACGGUGGAGGGCAACACGGCACAGAUGGCUGCUGUAGCCAGUGGCUCCAGUUUCGGUAGCGACUUUAGUCCGAGCUCACCUGUUCCCCCGCCCCCGCCGGUCUCGAUGGAUAAACAAUUGCAGCUCCAGUACCAGUAUCAGCAACAGUACCAGCAGCGCCAUCGACCACCACCAGCGGCCUCUUUUCAGCUGCAGCCUCCUCCAGCCCAGCAACCGAAUUUUGUACCUCAACACCAGAUUCAGUUGCAGCAGUCGUCGCGAGGAGGAGGUGGACAGCACCAAUUUGGUUUCCAACACCAACCGUAUGACCCGACUCAACAGCACCAGCAGUACAUGCAACACCCUGGUGGUCAGUACCGUUACUUGAAAACCAUGGAGGACAAGCGUCCAACGUUGGCUGGACGUCUGCCACGACGGGACUCUGGGUCAUCCUGGAGCAGUUUUGAUGCAUCCGGGCUACCACCGUCGGAGUAUUAG